GUCUGUUCCACAGCUGUCUUGUGCAUUGCAGGAUGUGUAGCAGCAUCUCUGGCCUCUCCCCACUAGAUGCCAGUACACCUCCCUCUGUCCCGGGUGUGACAACCGGAAAUGUCUCCACUCAUUGCUGAGUGUCUCCUGGGGGACAGAAUCACCCCUAGUUGAGAAUCACUUAUCAAGCCUGAAGUCCCUUCUGAGGAUCAAAAGAUAAUGCAUUUUUGGCAGCCUUGUGCCUUUUGAAUUCUCAUAACAAAUUUAACAGAACCAGAAUGGACUCUUGUUGUUUCUGUGGAUUUCCUGUCCUCUAGCUUUCCUCAUUUCAGAUCAUUUAUGACCUUGCAGGGCAUUGGAGGUGGUUUGGCUUUUGUUCUGAGUGAACUUGUAAGCCCUCAGAGAGUUUUGGGCUAAGAAAUGGUAGGAUCUCACCUAGGUCAGACCUUUGUUGAGAGUAGACCGUGAGUUGGAGGGUUGAAGCAGGAAGACUAGUUCAGAAACCACCAUGGUGAUCCAGGUGAAAAGGUGGCAGGAGCUUGCACAUGGUGGUAGAGGACAUGGUAAGAAGUGGUAUCUUCUUACAUGCACCCUGAUGUUCAAAGCAGAACUGUUCACAGUAGCCAAACAAGGAAGCAACCUAAAUGUCCAACAACAGAGGAAUGGAUAAAGAAGAUGUGGAAUAUAUGUAUGAUAGAAUAUUACUCGGUCAUUAAAAAGAAUGAAAUAAUGCCAUUUGCAGCAACAUGGAUAGACCUAGAGAGUGUCAUACAGAGUGAAGUAAAUCAGAGAAAAACAAAGUCAGAAAGUAAAUUAUCAGUUGUAUGUGGAAUCUAGAAAAAUGAUACAGAUAAAUAUAUUUGCAAAGCAGAAAUAGAGAUAUAGAAUAGAGAACAAAUUUAUGGUUGCCAAGGGGGAAGGGGGAGUAGGAUGAAUUGGAAGACUGGGAUUGACAUAUACACACUACUAUGUAUGAAAUAGAUAACUAAUGAGAACCAACGGUAUAGCACAGCACAGAGAACUCUACUCAAUGGUAGGGUGGUGACCUAAAUGGAAAGGAAACCUAAAAAAGAGGGGAGGCAUGUAUACAUACAGCUAGUUCAGUUUUCUAUAUAGCAGAAACUAACACAAACAUUGUAAAGCAACUAUACUCCAAUAAAAAUUAAUAAAAAAGAAGUGGUAUCUUUGGUUGAAGCCUUAAGUACCAGUAGCCUUGAGAAGAGGAAUGCAUUGUGUCAUCAUGAGAUUAAUAUCUUCAUGUGAUUUGUAUAUCAUGUUUUCUAAGAUCUCAGAGGAAGCAGAUGUUGGUGGAUCAGAGUGGGAAGAGAGUAGCAAGAGCCCAGGCACUUACAUAUUUACUGUCCUUAACAUGUACCUUAAAAUAUUCUUAAUUCUGAAUUCUGUUAUAGAGGGUGUGGCUGUCUCAGGGCCAUCUCUUAAGAGAGUGCAGAGGAUACCUGCUCCAGCCGCUCCUGUCCCAACCUUGUGAUGUGGUGGAAUUUGAAUUGAAAUGGGACUAAUGAAAAGGAUUCACCAUGUCUUAGGACUUUUUACUGGAGCCUUAGGACAUAGAUAAAGAUGAAUGCCAUGUCUCAGCCAACACUGAAAACGUGAAGUUUAGAAGACGUUUGCUAAGUCGAGUCAACUCACGACAGCUGUUAUUCAAGUCAGCGACAUCAUAAUGCAGAGUUCAUUUUCAGUACCACCGAAAGAUCAAGGAGAUGUCUCCCUGCUCCCCAGUCCUGUGGAGAAACUGCUGACUCAGAAGAUGUUGGAAUCUCCUGGAAAGACAACUUGUACAGGCGAACCAAAUAUCCCUCCCGGGGCGAUUCACGGUGGGAAAGGCCUGCAGAAUAAGAGUCAGUUUAGAACCAUCGCUCCAAAGAUUGCGCCCCAAGUCUUGGCACCCAGAGUGCUGCCGGGCCCGGCGCCCUCACUCUCUGAUCAGGCGAAUCCAGGCCCUUCCCUCGGCUCCACGCCCCUGGGGAUGCCCCCGCAGAAUUACGCGCUGAUGCAGGUGGCCGGCCAGGAAGGGACCUUCUCGCUGGUCGCUCUGCCGCACGUAGCCUCAGCUCAGCCGAUCCAGAAACCCCGGCUGCCUCUGCCGGAGAACCUAAAGCUGCCCAUCCCCCGGUACCAGCCUCCGAGACCCAGCAAAGGAGUCAGAAAGAAGCCGGGGCUCGGUUCCUCCUCCGAGAGGGGUUGCAGCAAACCUGCCCAAACCCAAGCAGCCCCUUCCCCACCUGAGCAUCCUGAGCCCCCACACAAGCCCAGGCCACCCAAGCUGGCACCAGACCAAGCCCCAGCUGCGCUGACCAACAGGAGUGGCCACCGAGACCCCGGGCCUCCAGGGUCCAGCAACCACGGAGGUCGGACUCCUCCUGCCACCCCAGCACUGGCCACACCAGAGGAGCCCUCCGCCGAGCAGGGCCUCCCGAAGAGUUCAGGAAGAGCGAAAGUUCCAGGCAAGAAAACCCCCAGGAAACUUUCUGCUGUUGCCAGUGAAAAACCUCAAGAACCGGUCGAUCCCACCAAAGCCAUUUUGUCGUCACCAGGCGUCAUUGGAAAUGCGGUCCAGGUGCCCUCUUCCAUCCCCAGAGGUAAACUGCCCAUCCUGCCCUACUCGAGAGUGAAGAUGGCGCAGGUUUACAGGAGUGGAGCCGCUGUGAACACUGCGCAUGUCCCCUUCCCUGGGCUCAGGACUGCCAGGGACCAGACCCCCUCCACUCCAGAAGGCUUCCGUGCGGCCCCCCAGGUGGGGGACAGGGGACCUGCCCCACCUGCUCCCGGGCAGAGCCCCAGUGACACUGCCUUCUGCCCAGCCAGCAAGCCCGACCUCAACCACAGAACAAAACUGAACGGUGAGACAGUGAAGAGAAGAGGAAGAAAACGCAAGGGCCCAGACGAUCUUCUGACAUUUCAGGGGAAAAGGUGGAAAUGUGUCCUUAGUUGUAAAGACAGCAAAGAAAGAGUCAAAAGUGAUCCCCAAGAAGCCAGGAACCAAAAACCGGGGGCCGUGAAAAAAUACCGGAGCAUCAUGCCCAAACCUGUCCCCGUCCUGCCAGCCCUGGCCUCGCCUCCAGCCGCCCUCCAGCCCCCGCCACCCGGGAGCCUGGUGUCUUUCGAUCACUCCCUAGCCCCCAAGCAUCUGGACUGGAAGGAGGACGGCCAGCCCCCAAAGCCCGACUCUGCCUUCAGAAAUGGGUUCUCCGGCCUCAGGAAGACUUGGCACCGGAGCCACGUGUGUGACCACCCCUUCUCGUCCAAGCAGCACCUCCGCGAGCACACGAGCGCACCCCCGGACAGCCGGCCCUACAGCUGCCGGCUCUGCCGAAAGGUGUACAAGCGGCGGGGCAGCCUGAGCGCGCAUUUGCGGCUGCACCACGGGGACUCCCGGCCCAGGAAGCUUGUGUGCUGCGAGUUCUGCGCGAAGGUGUUUGGCCACAUCAGAGUCUACUUCGGCCACCUGAAAGAGGUGCACGGUGUGGCCAUCAGUACCGAGCCCUGCCCCUGCGAGCCGCAGCCGGGGGACCUGCCGAGGACCAGAGAGCAGACCCCUUGUGAGGUGGAGGGACUGGUGGACAGGGAGACCAAGUCCAACCUGGAAGAAGACCUCCUCAUGAACCAGAAUGAUGAGGCCAGGUUCCAGAUCAGAUGUGGUCGCUGUCAGAUCACUGCCCAGUCUCUGGCUGAAAUCAAGUUCCACCUGCUUUCCAUUCAUGGCGAGGAAAUCCAGGGCCAAUUGCCAGAGGAGAGCUCACCCUCCCUGGGAAGCAGAGCAGCUCAGGGAGAACUGACUAAACAGGCUGCUCCUUUCUGGAAACGUCCUGAGAGAAGGAAGCUGCUAAGGCAUCAUCCCUCGGCCGGGGAGCUCUGUGCAGUCCCCAGACUAAAAAGACAACUCUACCUCCAUCAUCAGAACGACGUGGAAGCCCUCACGAAACAGGAACGAGCCCAGCCAGGACCCAGUGAGCCCAGGGGAGACCCCCAGGGCCCCAAGUGUCCUGGCCCCCAGGCUGCCCUGCCUCUGCCCCAGCCUGGCUUCAACUGUGUCCUUUGUGCGCAGAUACUAGGAAGCAAAGAAGAGCUACUUCUGCACUGGGAGUGGCAGCACAAGUGUGAGGACCCCCCCAAACUGUGGACGAUUUUCAGCACGCUCUCCAGCCAGGGAGUUGUCCAACUUUCCACUGAAACCAGAAAAUGAAACACGGGGUCAGGGGUUAAGGAGAGGUGUGUGCUCAGCUGCCUCUGUUUCGUGGAGGUGCUUAAACACCAGAAUCCAACAAGUUAGGAUCAGCAUUAAGUAGCAGGAGUGAUCUUUGUACAUAGUCUUAUUUUAUUAUGGAAUAUGUAUGUACAUAUGCUCUUGAUGCAUAUUUUUCUAACAUAUACAGUUUUAUUUGAAAAUCCUAUAUCCUGUUAAUGUCUGAGACUUAUUUCAGAUUCAAUAAAAAGAUAAAUUUGCAGACCGAAAUGAGUUCUAUUAGCCUGUUCUUCAAAUACAGUUUUUAGUGAAAACA